CAAUAAUAGAUGUUUUCCACUUCCUAUAUUAUUAUUUCAUAUACUCCUAUCAGUGUAUAGCAUUAAACAUGGCAGCUACAUGGAGGGUUUCUUUACUGGUUCUCAUGAGCGUAACCACUUACAUGUUUGGCGCUGCGGAAUCCUCUAUAACGUCUGCCGAGUUCAUCAAGUCUGCGUGCAGGUCUACUCGUUACCCUGCUUUAUGUGUUCAAUGUCUUAUGGGGUAUGCGAGCGUGAUUGGCCAAAGUGAGCGACAGCUAGCCAUAGCUGCUAUAUCAGUGAGCAUAUCCAGGACACGGUCGAGUGCAUCAUUUGUGAAGAAGAUAUCAAAAGCAAGAGGCGUGAAGCCAAGUGAGUACAGAGCCAUACAAGACUGCAUAGAGAACAUGGGUGACAGUUUGGACAGUCUUGGCCAGUCGGUUAGGGAGUUAGGCAGUAUCGGUCAUGCUGUUGGAGAGGACUUCGUGUGGCACAUGAGCAACGUGCAGACUUGGGUCAGUGCUGCUCUCACUGAUGAUAACACUUGUCUUGAUGGCUUUGCUGGUUCUUCCAUGAAUGGAAAUGUUAAGGAUGCCCUCAAGGAUAGGAUUGUCAAUGUUGCUCAGGUUACCAGCAAUGCACUUGCUUUGGUUAAUCGAUUUGCUUCAAGCCAUUGAACUGCUGAAACUCCUUAAAUCUUCGACGAUUCGGUCAGUUGUUUGUACUUGUUCAACUGUAUUGUUAAUGUUUUCCCUAAACAGAUGAAAAGUCUUUCUUCUACAUAGUCAAGAUUUGAUCUUGUGUGUUUUUUUGUUGCUGUUAUGCAUGCUGGACUGUAAUGUACAAAAAUGAUAUUUUGAGUGUGUUUGUGUAAUGUAAGGGAUUUCUCUUGUGAACUACGGAACAAGUUUCUAGAGAUUGAGUUAACUUCUUUUGUGUCAUGUGAGUUGUUUGAGUGAACUUCUAUUGUGUCAUGUGAGUUUUUUAAUCUUCAUGUGUAUCUAACAAUGAUUGUUUUACUUUUUUUUUUA